AUGUUCGGCGACGUCGCGGGCAUCGUCACGCAGAUGGGCUGGUUCGACACGAAGAUACGACUCUACUCGGAGCGGACGGUCGUCGUGCCCAACGGCCAGAUCAUGGGUGUUCCCUUGGUCAACUUCUCGCGCAUGCGCUGGGGGCAGUACAAGACGGAGCUGCGGUUGCGGCUCGAGGACGUGUCCCGCGUGGAACAGACCAUCGCAAACCUCAAGGAGGCACUGGCGCCGCACGUCAUCACGAACGGGCGGAACCUGUGGGUCCACUGGCGGCGCAUCGACAAGGAUGCCUUAGUUGUCGUCGUGGACGUCAAACUGCCCUACCCGGGCGGCUCGACGGCGUACUACGACGCCGUCGGGCAGUGCAACGUCCUCAUCGCCAAGGCCAUCCAGGACGCCGGCGCCGAGCUGUGCCUGCCUACUUCCCGGCGCGUCGAUAUCAAGAAGACGGAGUAA